AUGGACGAACCCAAUUCAGGUUAAUUUAGAGCAUCUCAAUCCCCAAGCAAAGGACUGCUCACUUCAACUAAUCUCAAGGCAUCAAUGCAAUCAGACUAAGGUAAUAAGAUUUUGGGAUCUUAAAACGACUAAUUGUCUCCAAAGUAAUCAGUAAACUCUAAGGCAGUUGAAGAGACCUAAUAUUUGAAUGGAUAGCAAGUUAGAUUCAAACGUAUGUUUUCACCUCAAGCGACUGGGGGUUUAAAGAAAGAUGAACAUAUCAUUAAUGGCGCUAUAUUGUCUCUGGAACAUUCAUUUGGAUUUCUAAAUUCUGUCAUCGAUAAAAAUGCUCAUUUUAUUUCAGAGGAUACUCUAGUGUUCCCAAGUGGUAGACAUCUGGCCACAAUGGACUUAGUAAGUAGACGCAUGGAUUUCAUCAAGAGAGAAGAUAGCAACUACACAUCAACAAUCACUAGCAUGCAAGUUGGAUUGUCGAGAAAGAAGGAGCUUGUAGUUGCUAUUGGAGAGAAAUCUCAAGGUGGAACACCAAGAGCUUCUAUAUAUAUUCCAUCUAGACUAAGAUGGUUUAGACUUGAACACGAUUAGGAGGUGCUGCCAUAAGUAACUGAAGAAUCAAAUAUUGAGCAAAUAUAUCUUCCAAAUUACAAAAAAUAUUGUAUUACUGUAACUAGACCACAGGAGAGAAGUAAUUUAAUCGUCUCCUAUUUCAGAUACGAGAAAGAAAAAAUAUCUAGAGUGAGUGAAGUUAAACCUCAAGUAAGAAGAAUAGCUAUAAGUCCCAAAAAUCACUAUCACUUCUUAGCAUUUGGUAAAAGCUAUUUAAAGAUGUAUGAUGCUUCAGAUAAAGCCUUCAAGGAAAUGAAAGAUUAAAUGAUUCCUAUUAAACAUGAGAGAGAAAAUGAUUUCUUGGAAUGCAUAUUCAUCCAAGAGAAUAUCUUUGUGGCCUGCUCAACCCAAAAUAACUUCUUCAUUGUUGAAAGUGGUGUGGUCAAAUACUAUAUCAAUAUUUCAUUUUCAGUUAAAAACUCAAUCAGAAAUCUAAAAUCUGCAGUUAAGCAAGAUGGGGACAAAGAUAGUGAUUUUGAUAAUGGACAUAAGGAGGAAGUAGAUGAUGGAAGUAAAGCAUAGAUAUCUUGCUUAGCAGCGCAUAAAAAGGGAUUUGUGGUUGGCUCUAAAAAUGGAGGCUUUAUUGGAGUCUAUGAGAUUGAGCGAGAUUUUUCUAUAAAUCAUGUAGAUACAUUUAAAGUAGAUCCUCACUGCACCGAGAUCACUUCUGUGUCAAUAUCAUUUGACAGGCAAUAUCUAGUUAUCAAUGCCAAAAUCUCAGAAGAGAAUAACCACCAUCAUUUGGCGUCAGCUCACUAAGAGCCUGAGGAGACCGGAUUUGAUGAAAGACUUGAGCUUUUUUAUCUUAAUUUGCAUCAGCUAAGUGUUCUCAAGAAUGUGUUCACACUCCCAAUCAAACCAGUAUUUCCAAAAGGAAACAUUAUGGGUGCUUUAUUAGAUAUGUCUAUCGGAGUCAGCAAAGAUUUAAUAGUCUCUGUCGGCUAAGAUAAAUACAUCAGAGUAUUUGAAUAUGCAGGAAGUCAGCAUAUUUCUGAAGCUAUUGCUGGUCCUAAUGGAAGUCAAGGCUAAAACAAUUAAAUGGCUCCUACUAGUUCAUUGCAUGCUGGAUCAUUGAAUCAGAUAUCAUCACAUAGAUCUAAAGAUUAAGUUUUUUGUAUUGCUAUUCAUCCAAUGGGACUAUAAUUAGCUGUUGGUUUUAAAGAAAAGCUUAAGAUAUAUUACUUGCUUGAGGAUGAGGUUAAAGUUGCAAUAGAUUUUCAAACUAGAAUUUGCUUAUCAGCUAGAUACAGCAAUGGAGGGCAAUAUCUUGCAGCAGCUAAUGGGAAUAUUAUUUGGAUUAUAGAUCCUUAUACGUUUGAGUUGAAGUUCUAGCUACAUGGCCAUCCUAGUUUUGUUAAGAUUCUACAAUGGAAUGAAUCAGAUAGCAUGUUAAUGUCAGUUUGUAACAAUGGAAGUGCUUAUGGCUGGUCAUCAAACUUUGAAAACUACACAAGAGACAGUAAGCCUUAAAAGAAAUCAGUGACUGGCGAUGAUUCAGGUGGUUAGGCUAGUAAGAUUGAAUUCAUCAUGAAAAAUGUGAAGAUUCAUGCUAUGGGCUAUGAUGAAGAAUUUGAUUUACUCUAUGUUUCUUCUUCUGACAAUAAAUUGACACUAUAUAGCACAGAUGGAGGUAGAGGUAUUAAGAAUUACAUGCAAUUAUAUAUUGGAUCAGAUACUGAGCUUACUUCACUUUUAUUAGCCAAACAGCAGAGUGUACUUUUCGCUGGAACCAGCAAAGGCAGCAUCAGAGUAUACCUCUGGCCUAUUCUAAAAAGAAAGCAAAAUAAUCUAAACCCUAUGCAGCAAGCAGCAUUAGACCUUGGAGCUAAUCCAAAUGGAUUACUUUAAUAAUCUGAAUACUAGUGUGAAUUUAUGGAAUACUUUGUGCAUCUUGGCAAGAUUGUGAGUUUAUCAUUAUCAGCAGACAAGCAAAGCAUAGUUUCAGCAUCUGAGGAUGGAACUGUGUAUAUCCAGUCUAUCAAAGAGAUGUGCAAUGGUGUUGAUAUGAAUUUAAAUGUUUCACUUAUAGCAGCAUCUACUUCUCAGCAGCACUAGGAAAUCCUGCAAAAGAAGAAGAAGACUUAAAACCUUAACAAAUGCAAGGUUCACCUAAACAUGAAUUAGCUUUCACUAGUCUUUAGACAAGCUAUUGAGCAGAAAAAUUCCUAGAUUCAAGAACUUAAGUACAAAGUUGACAACCUCAAGUCAUUAUUCUAAGGAGAACUAUAAAACAUAGCUGAUAAGAAAACCUAAGAGAUUAAUAAACUCAAUGAGAAAAAUGCAAAAGAACUGGAAGAGGAGAAGCAAAGAUACAAGAACUUGCAAGAGGAGCAUGAAAAUGAGAGAAAUUAUCUCCUCAAGACUAUUGAGAAUAAUCUUGAAGCACAUAAGAAAGAGCUGAAGGAGAUAAACGAUGAUUAUCAAUUGAAACUAAAAAACGCAUAUAAGUAGCAUGACAAAUUAGUAGAGGCAUAUGAAGAGUCAAAGUAGAAUUAUAAGAAGGAAUUGGAAUAGAUACUUGACAAAAACAAAGAAGCUCUUGAACAAAUUGAGAAAGAAUAUAGGAUAAAGUAUGAGGAACUUUAGAAGAAUCACAUUAGAUUGAUUAAUGAUAUGAAAAGAGACGGCGAGAAGUUUGAUGUAGCUUUAGAGUAAUGCGAGUAGGAAUACGAACGAGAGCUUUUAAAGAGAAGAGAAGAUUUCUCAUCAAACAUGGGGAAGCUAGGCAAGAAUCUGGAUGACUUGAGAGAGAGUCACGAAAAACUUGCUAGAGACAGAGAUACCAUGAAGAAGAAGUUGGAAGAUUGCGAUGAAAUACAGUUCAAGUUGGGAUCAGAGCAGGAACAGUUCUAAAAGAAAAUUCUAGACAGUAAUACUAGAUUAGUCAAGAUGCAGGAACAACUUGGUGAGAGAGAAGAAGUCAUUAAGAGCAAGGAAAAGAGCAUCAAGGACCUAAGAAAUAUCAAUACACAUUUGGAAAACUUUAGAUUUGUGCUUGAUCACAAAAUACGGUCACUUAAAGAUGAGAAGUUGCCAAUGGAGCAGCAGAUCAACAACUUAGAGAAGCACAUCAAGCAGAUGUAUCAAGAAUUGCUUGAUGAGUGCGAAAAGAAGAAAGAGCUAAUGAACAAGCUCAAAGCAUCAGAGGAUAAACUUAAUGUUCUUAAGCAUUAGCUCAAGCAAAGAUAAGAUGAAGUAGUAUUCACCAAGAGAAAACUAGAGUUGCUUUAAUAUGAUCUUGGAGGAUUAAUUAGAAACGAAGCUCUAAGUGACUGGCCUGAGAAGGUGAGCUAACUUUAUGAGAAGCAUUUUGAGAAGAAACUCAAGCACAAGGAUGAACAGGUCACAGGACUAAACAAAGACAAUGAAGAUCUCAUGUCUCCUCAGAGGAACGAGGAAGAACUAAACAUCAAGGAUGAACUGAUUAGACAAAAUAACUGGAUGAAUAGCAAACUCAAGAGCAUCAUGGACAAGAACAGCAAGCUGGAGAAGGAAAAGAAAGAUUUAUAUCUCAAGAUACAGAAGGAAAAUACAGAGCUAAUUAAGGAGUGUAACAUGCUUAGAGCCAGCAAUCAAAAGAUAUCUAAGAAGGUGCUCAUUUUAGAAAAGAAACUUAAAGAUAUUUCUGGGAUCUCACUCUCUAACGCCAAUUUGGUGGAGAACUAGCUUGAGGGCUUCCUCAAAAAGGCUGCACCUCUGUCAACCAAGCACAAGGAAACACCCUUCAUGCAGCUAAAGAAGGGUGGUAACAAUGGUAACAAGAGAAAUCAGAUGCUUAUGGAUUACUAUCAGCAAUAUGCUAUGAAUCAGACUGGCAACCCAAAGAUGUCAGGGGAUAAUCUAGAGGGUAUUAUUGGUGAAAUGGAAAAGAAUCAGACUCAAAUUCAGAUGCAGAACUACGAAAUCUCACAACUCCAGGAGAGAGUGCAGCAAUUCCUGAGAUAGCCAAGUGGAAAUCAAAGUUAAAUGGAGAGCGAUUAAAAGCUUCCUCCUAUUCCUGGUGGAAACAGUUUAUUAAAGUCGGAAUCAUAACCAGUUUUGGGAAUGGUUGGAAGUGGAAUAGGACAUGAAGGAGGUAUGGGUAUGAUGAAUUAGAAUUCUCAAAUGUCAGGACUAACAAUGACCAUGAGGAAAGAUGAAUCUAAUCAAAGAAGUUUGUAUAAACAGCCUGGUAUGUCAACAACUAUGAGUCAAGGCAGCAUGAUGACAAGUCAGCAACUCCCUUAUGCAAGAAAGGAUUCUAGACAGAAGUAACUCUGA